AUGGACCUUCUAAGUUUUUUAGCAAAAUACGAUGAUACCCUAAAAUAUCAUUUUAUUGAUUCGACAACUUUCCGAGGUACCUCAAACAGAAUCCGAAAUGAUUUAAUUAAAUGCACUGCCGACGUUGUGAUAGAUCACAUUAAAAGUGAAAUUAAAAAAGCACCUUUCGUAUCAAUUGCGCUUGAUGAAACCACAGAUGUAGAAAACUUAGGUCAAGAGCGAUUCUUAGUAUUUUUGGACGUCACUAGCAAACGAACUGCAGUUACAUUGUUUCAAAUUGUUUGUGACAUUAUUUCAAGUUUAGAAUGUGGUUCUAAGUUUGUUGCCCAGAGCUACGAUGGUGCUGCCGUAAUGACUGACCAUUUAGGAGGCCUUCAAGUUAAGUGA